AUGCCUCGCGCUAUCAUUUCGCCUUCGGUGCUCGCGUCCGACUUCGGGCAGCUCACUGCGGAAUGCAAACGCAUGAUCCGCGGCGGUGCUGAAUGGCUGCAUAUGGAUGUUAUGGAUGGCCACUUCGUCCCCAACAUCACCAUGGGUGCACCCGUCCUUGCCUGCGUCUCCAAGGGCGUGCCCGGGAUCUUCAUGGACUGUCACAUGAUGGUCUCGCAGCCAGAGAAGUGGGUCGACGACAUCGCGGAUGCCGGCGGAUCGCUCUACUGCUUCCACCUCGAGGCGACAUCCGACCCCCUCCCCAUCAUCGACCACAUCCACGAGCGCAAGAUGAAGGCGGGCGUCGCCAUUUCCCCCGACACGCCCUCGACCGCCGUGACGGACGAGAUCGCGGAGGCGGCCGACAUGCUCCUCGUCAUGACCGUCUACCCCGGCCGGGGAGGCCAGAAGUUCCUCGAGCGCUGCGUGCCCAAGGUCGCGGAGCUGCGCGCCCGUUUCCCUGACAAGGACAUCGAAGUCGAUGGCGGUGUGGGCCCCAAGACCAUCGACGUCUGCGCGGAUGCAGGGAGCAACGUUAUCGUCGCCGGCACUGCGAUCUUCAACGCGGAGGAGCCCGAGAAGGUAAUCGCUCUUCUGAAGUCGACGGUAGAUGUAGCCCAGGCCAAGAUUGCCGCAAAGCGAGCAUGA